GCGACUCUUUCUGGCCUUAGAACAAAAGCAACAGCGAACGCGAGUGGCUCUCGAGUGGCAGUUACAACGAUAAUUCGAUUCCUUUUUUGUUUCCCUUUUUUUUUUUGACACUAAAACUCCCAAAGGAUACGGGAUUCGUCCUAGUGCAGUGAACUAACUAGAACAGAAUGUGGCAAAAAUAUUUAUUUGUGAUUCUCGCUGGAUUGAUUGGUGCCGCCAAUGCCUUCUGGUGGCCCAAAACCACAACGGAGUCUCCGAAUGCACAGAUGCUGCAGCAGAUUCCGCUGACCUACUUCCGCACAUACACGUACCAGCCGCUGGCUGGGGGACCCUUCAGCGUGCCCUUCUUUGGCUUUGGAGCAGCACAGACGCCGCUCCUGUCGCCGAGUUCGCACUACGAUCCGUAUGCGGUGACCAGCUAUGCGGCUGCCCGGCGGCACGAUGUCGCCGCCAAAACGGGCGUGACGCCGCCGGCCAGCAGCUCCACCAGCACCACUAGCAGCACCACCAGCACCACAACACCCGCCCCAACAACGACCACCACCACGACGACAACAACUCCGGCACCCACCACGACGACCAGCAGCACAACGACGCCUGCACCUCCGCAGGCCCCGGAGGGAGCCUCGUACUCCGCGGGCGCGGGCUCUGGGUCUUCCCUGCUGCGCUACGGAGAAUAUCCGACCUACACCCGGCGGGUGAGCAACCUGUACAACGCCCGACCGCAGUACCCGUACCCGGACUACUUCAACUACCAGCCGCAGGGCGGCUUGGCGGAGCCAGGUGUGGGAGUGGGAGUGGGUGGCACACGCAUCCAGUUCGUGCCCUGCAUGUGCCCCGUCAGCGUGCCCAGCUUGAGCAGCUCCGCUGCUCCGGCAGCCGUCGGCAGUGCGUCCACAUCCAAUCCGGCGGCGCGUCACAUCGACAGCCAUGAGAUGCAGGCUGACGGGGAAAUGGAUGCGGAUGCAGAGAUGGAAGCAGACCCAGAGGCCGGUGACGAUGAGGAGGACAUGGAGGACGAUGAAGGUGUCACCAAAGCACAGCCCGACCCCCAAGAGACAACAUCGAACAGCCCCGUUUAGCCCCAACAUAGGUUAUGUCCUGCUCUCGUCCAUAGUAUUAAUGAAACACCUCGACUGAUUUGCCAGUUCUAGCUAUAAAUGUAUACCUACUAUAUAUCUACAAACUAUGAUUUAAAAUUGGAUAAACUCUUUUUUUUCUCACAUU